UCCGGCAUGUAUUGUGACAGUUCGCUUUUGUUGACAUCGGUGCUUUUUUCGUAUAUCCCUCCAAAUGCGGCAUGGACUUGAUUUCUGAGGAGAAUUAUAUCAUCGCGCAAGCGAAAAAGGCCCACGAAACGGACCCGUAUACUGCGAAAGCAUGGAUAAUAACAGCUAAAACCCUUUAUCCAAAUAAUUUCCAUGUACAGUAUGAAGCGUACAAAAUCGAAAAAGCCGCUCGCAACUAUGAGGAAGCUGCAAAGUGCUUCAGCUAUAUAAUAUUAACAUUCCAAAGCCAACCAAUUGAGCUGUGGAACGAGGUAUCAGAACUAACGGCUGCUCUUCGGGUUCCAGAAGGAGAGACUACAAUUGAACAGGAUUUCUAUGUAAAAAUGUUCCAGCAUGUCUCAUACGACGUACAGCACAAAAUACUACUCCUAACAGCGAACCAUUCAGACAAUAAUUUGGACCACUGCAAGCUGGUGCUUCUGCUGCUGAAACGCUUUCCGCAGGCAAUCGCUACGCACUCGCCACGGCUGCUUGAAACAAUUGUGCAAGCAGUGUCUCAGCAGUCCCCGCUAAAAUUCCAGGAAAUGCUCAUACAAGAAGCACUGCCACUAAUUUACCACAAACCACCCGAACUACCCAACCAUUUGGUUUAUCGAAUUUACACAAUUGCUUUGGAAUACUACACAAAACAACUAAUCGAGGAGAAUCAAGACGACGUGUCUGCUAUUUACGAGAUAUGGAAGCAAAUAUUUAAGGUUCUUACCUUUUGUGGACAAAUGCUCAAUUGGCCACCCUUUCUGUCUUUCAAUAAGAAUUGGAGCAAAGAUGUCUAUUGGCAGAAAAUCGUUGAAAUGGCGUCGACAGCAGCUCAACGACCAACAGAUAAUAAACAAAUUUUCUUCUGUGCAACAACGUUGUUAAUUUUCUCUUUGCAAGAAUAUUUCCUAAACAUUCGUCAGAAAAUCGAUGGAUCCGAGGUAGAAUUCAUUUUAGUUGAAGGAUUCAGAGAAAGACCACCAGAUCUAGGGAAGCAACGACCCCUAGAAAAUCCAAUUGAACAUCCGGUGAUUGUAGUUUCGCCACCCUGCAGUACAGAAACACAAACUGCCUUUACAACUGCAGCAAAUUGCUGGCAAUAUUUGACCGGAAGCGAUCAUCUGCAAAUCGAUUUCAGUCAAUUAUUGGUGAAACUUCCACUUUCGAAUUGGGUUAGCCGAUUUUUGUUUGAUUUAGCUGUAUACUUUGGACAUUACGAGGAAGCAAAGAAACUACUUAAUGAGAUGAAAAUCAGUAACAUCCGUCAAAAUAUUCGUAUUCUGAGUUUGAACGUGGGUCAAGGACCGUUAACGAUGCAAGGCUUCAACUGCAUUCUACAGAUUCUAAUGGAACUUCCGUCAACCGCUGGCCAGUUGCUCAAUAACAUGGCACUCCCAUCCAAACAACGACAUAUGAUAUUACUUCCAUUGACGCAACGCGCGGUCAUUCAAUAUUGCACAAAAGCGAUCAUAAAUACGCUCAAGCGAAAACUCUUUGAACCCAACUGCCCAGAUGCUAUACUUGGCGAUUUACUCGUUCUGUCCCAGUUGGAAUAUCCACGCGAAACAUCUAUCCCAGAAAGUGUAUUUUCCAUUAUUAGUUCACGAAAACAAUUUUCAUAUCUGCCGUUUCCGUCGUAUGUAAUUGUAAUGGAUUUCCUUGAAGAGUUUAUGCAUAUCUGGGUCACUCAUAAUGGCGAAUAUAAUUUUGAAUUUAUUGCGGCCCAACAAAAUGUAGGUGGGCGGAGAAUUGGUACUCGCGGAGCAGAUAAAGGCGUAAGAGAGGAUUUUAAGCAAAUAAUGAAACAACAGGUGUCUAGAAGCAAUGAGGAUUUGUGUUUGUUGAUAGCAGAAUUUAUCACUAAAGAGGAUGCACAUUUAUUGAAAAAUAUAUUCUAAGAUUUAUAAAUAUAAAAA